AGGAAUCGAACAUCUGAUGAGACUUCUCCCACGGAGAAACAGCCGGCUCGAACAGAAGUCCAGGAUCCUUCCUCCAGGGUGACACAGAGCGUGACACUCGACUCAAUCAGAAGGGAGACAAUCAGGUGUGGAUCACGACGCCGAAAGCGUCGUUCAGUGUCGGCAGAAAUUCGGAAUAUCUCAAGCACCGGAUGGGUGCUUUGACAGCGUCCAGCUUACGGCUAUUGCUGCUCGUGCUCACGAUUACUGCCGGAGUCGUAAGAUGCAAAAAAGCUGCUGAAAAACCUGAUUGGGCAAAGAAGGACCCCAUACAUUUCUCGGACGCUGACGUCGAGCGGCUCCUCGAGCAAUGGGAUGAGGACGAAGACGUUCCGGAGGAUGAACUCCCCGAACACAAGAGACCACCACCGAAAAUCGACAUGAGCAAAUUCGAUCCUGAAAAUCCGGAAGCCAUGCUGAGAAUGAGCAAAAAAGGUCAAACUCUCAUGUCUUUCUGCACUGUCACACUUCCGACGACAAGGGAACGUACAGAAGAAUUAUCAUCGCUGUGGCAAACCGCGCUCCACAAUAACCACAUUCAAGCCGAACGAUACCUGAUCUCGGACGAGAGAUUCAUUUUCAUGUUCAAAGACGGUUCGCAGGCCUGGGAUGCGAAGGACUUCCUCGUCGAACAGGAAGGUUUUGAGCAAAUAACGCUAGAAAAUAAACCGUAUCACGGAAAAUACUCGAAAAGCAAACCAAAGGAGGAGCUGUGAGAUAUCGUGAAGCUAUCCUGAAUUCUCUCUGGGACGAUAUAUGCUAACUCGAAGUGUGCCGAGGCCGGCAAUAAGGCAGAGAUCGAAGUUCUCCACCAUGAUACUCAAAUCCGAUAGAUCGAUGCGGGAUCCUGCUUCCAAAUAUGUACUUCCCGUGAGAAGUGACAAACAGGCGAUUAAUUGGUCCGAUCGUCCAUUAGCCAAGUCUGAUUUAGGUAAACGGCUCGGAGAGCGCCGCAUGCGGAGCUUUCCGGUCGACAGCGUACCGCUGUUUACCAUCCCCGGCCGGAAGAUGUUCAGUUACAAUAAAGU